AUGGGUUUAGAGGCACGUAUUAAACGUUCCGCUUAUAUGGCACGCCAUGGGGCUUACCAUCGUCAUGGUGGUGGUGGUUAUCAGCAACGGGGUUAUCAUACCCGUAGAUAUGCCUCUCCCGGAGGAGGAGGAGGCUACUCCACUGGUCCAGUGCAACGACCA